GGCAUCGCGAGCCGGGCGGUCGGCCCGCUGCGCUCCGCCGAGGGUGGGACCGGCAGGAAGCGAAAUGGUUACUUUUUUUCCUGCGGGCUCUGGUUACUUUUGAAGAUCGGUCCCAGGCGGGACCCCGGAGCGGAGCGGAGUCCGGGUUUUUCUCUCCGCGGUGGAGGAUCCCGGGGAGGCGCAGCGCUGGGACUUGGGGGAUGCGGUGGCCUGGACGAGGCGACUCUAGCCCGGGGAGCAGAGUCGGCGACGCCGGCGGGGACAGAGGGUCUCCGGGGAGCAGGAGGACCUUUUGCCAACCCCCCACGAUCGGUUGCGGACUGCGGGGCAGCCACUGUUUGAUGUCCUGUGACUGAGAAAACCAGCCUCUGAACGUUGCUAUGCCUUUGGAGAUGGAGCCCAAAAUGAGCAAACUCGCCUUUGGGUGCCAGCGAAGUUCCACAUCAGAUGAUGACUCCGGCUGUGCGCUGGAGGAGUAUGCCUGGGUGCCCCCCGGACUUCGACCGGAGCAGAUCCAGCUCUAUUUUGCUUGCUUACCAGAGGAAAAGGUUCCAUAUGUUAACAGCCCUGGAGAGAAACAUCGAAUUAAACAGCUUUUGUACCAGUUGCCACCACAUGAUAAUGAGGUGCGGUACUGCCAGUCUCUGAGCGAAGAGGAGAAGAAAGAACUGCAAGUGUUCAGUGCUCAGCGGAAGAAGGAAGCACUGGGAAGAGGCACCAUCAAACUUCUGUCCAGAGCCGUGAUGCAUGCCGUGUGCGAGCAGUGCGGGUUGAAGAUCAACGGCGGCGAGAUUGCGGUGUUCGCCUCGCGGGCGGGCCCCGGAGUGUGCUGGCACCCGUCCUGUUUUGUCUGCUUCACGUGUAACGAGCUGCUGGUGGACCUCAUCUAUUUUUAUCAGGACGGAAAAAUUCACUGUGGCAGGCACCAUGCUGAACUGCUCAAACCACGGUGCUCGGCAUGUGACGAGAUAAUUUUUGCGGAUGAGUGCACGGAAGCGGAGGGGCGCCACUGGCACAUGAAGCACUUCUGCUGCCUGGAGUGUGAGACGGCCCUGGGAGGGCAGAGGUACAUCCUGAAGGACGGCCGCCCGUUCUGCUGUGGCUGCUUCGAGUCUCUGUAUGCGGAGUACUGCGAGACCUGCGGCGAGCACAUCGGUGUGGACCACGCCCAGAUGACCUACGACGGGCAGCACUGGCACGCGACAGAAGCCUGCUUCUCCUGUGCCCAGUGCAAAGCCUCUCUGCUGGGGUGUCCCUUCCUCCCCAAACAAGGUCAGAUCUAUUGCUCAAAAACGUGCAGCCUCGGCGAAGACGUCCACGCCUCCGAUUCCUCCGACUCUGCGUUUCAGUCCGCCCGGUCGAGAGACUCCAGAAGAAGUGUCCGGAUGGGCAAAAGCAGCCGGUCAGCGGACCAGUGCAGACAGUCUCUCCUCUUGUCCCCUGCUCUCAACUACAAGUUCCCUGGCCUCUCCGGCAAUGCCGACGACACCCUUUCCCGGAAGCUGGAUGACCUGAGUCUGUCCAGGCAGGGAGCAGGUUUUGUCAAUGAAGACUUUUGGAAAGGCAGAGUUGAGCACGAAACCCCAGAAGACCCCGAAGAAUGGGCCGAGCAUGAAGAUUAUAUGACGCAGCUCCUCCUCAAGUUUGGUGAUAAAAGCCUCUUUCAGCAGCAGCCCAACGAGAUCGAUAUUCGAGCCAGUGAGCAUUGGAUAUCUGAUAACAUGGUUAAAAAUAAGGCCGAGUUAAAGCAAAAUAACCAGAGCCUCGCGAGUAAAAAAUACCAAUCUGAUAUGUAUUGGGCACAGUCCCAAGAUGGCCUGGGAGAUUCUGCGUACGGCAGCCACCCAGGCCCGGCAAGCAGCAGAAGGCUCCAGGAGCUGGAUCUGGACCAUGGGGCCUCAGGCUACAAUCACGAUCAAGCACAAUGGUAUGAAGAUUCCCUGGAGUGCUUGUCAGACUUGAAACCGGAGCAGAGUGUCCGGGAUUCUAUGGAUUCUUUGGCUUUGUCUAACAUCACAGGGGCUUCGGUGGAUGGAGAAAGUAAGCCAAGGCCAUCCUUAUAUUCUCUGCAGAACUUUGAGGAGAUAGAGGCAGAAGAUUGUGAGAAGAUGAGCAACAUGGGGACUCUGAACUCUUCCAUGCUGCACCGGAGCGCCGAGUCCCUAAAGAGCCUCGGUUCAGAGCUGUGCCCAGAGAAAAUCAUGCCGGAGGAGAAACCAGUCCACCUGCCAGUGCUCCGAAGGUCCAAGUCCCAGUCCAGGCCCCAGCAGGUCAAGUUCUCAGAUGAUGUCAUCGACAACGGGAGCUAUGACAACCUGGAGAUCCGGCAGCCCCCGAUGAGCGAGCGGACGCGGAGGCGGGUGUACCACUUCGAGGAGAGAGGGUCCCGGCCGCACCACCACCGCCGCCGGAGGAGCAGGAAGUCCCGCUCCGACAACGCCCUGAACCUGGUGGCGGAGAGGAAGUACCCGCCCAGUGACCGGCUGCGGCUGUACCCGCCCGACAACUACGAAAAGUUCAUCCGGAGUCGGAGCGCCCGGGAGACCCAGGCGCACGUCCAGAGCGCCGACCUCCGCGGGCGCCAUGCCCACGCCGCCUCCGACUACGCGCUGCAGAGCCCGCAGGUGCCCCGCUUCCUGGGGCUCUACGGGGAGGACGACGACUCCUGGUGCUCCUCCUCCUCCUCUUCCUCCGACUCGGAAGAAGAAGGCUAUUUCCUUGGACAGCCGAUCCCCCAGCCCCGGCCGCAGCGGUACGCCUACUACACAGACGACCUUUCCAGCCCCACGUCUGCACUCCCCACGCCUCAGUUUGGCCCGGGCAUGACUAAACCCAAGAAGAAAAAGGGACACAAGGGCAAAAACUGUAUUAUUUCUUAACUCAGUAGCUGUGGAGAUCCUGUCUCAACUUAGCCAUUAACCCUCUUGACUCAUAUCCCUUUUCUUUCGUAGGAAAGUUGCUAAAAUAGUUUGAAGUGCUUUGCCCAUGUACAUGAGCCCCCCGACUGCUGUUUACAGUGUCAGAUGAACACUCAGAAGGUGUGGUUUCUCCCAUUUACCCUCCUCGGACGGUGCCAGCCAGGUACAUUAGGGUGUUGCAUAGCUGCUUUGGUUUCCAGUCAGCAAGAGAAUCUUCUAGAAACUCUCAUAAGGUGAUUGGACGGGGGUACUGAUUUUAGACGACGGAGAACUUCAGCCGCCUUUGUAAAGCAAUAGUGUUUGUCGUUGUCCACGCCAGGUUGGCCCAGGCCUGAUCGGUCUGUCUUGUGCGGCAUGCACGUAGUCACACUGACCCAGCCAACACUGUGCGCCCCAUCCCACGAGGCCACCUCGUCCCCUUGCAAUCCUCUUUAGCCAGGUAAACUUUGUAUUAUUGUAUUAGCUCCAGCUCCAGAUUGAAAAACAAAACAAAAAAACUUUGCUAUUUAUAAUGUAGUAUUUCAUAGACUUAAGUGUAUUCCUAAUUUAACGGUGCAAAUAUUAAUGUACAUAAUGUACAGUUCAGAUUUUAAAGCUGAUAUUUUUAUAUCCCUGAAUUGCAAGAUGUUUGUUACACUGCAGUGCUAGAUUUGUUAGGGAACCAGAAACAGCAUUUAUGGAUGAAAUGAUUGCUUGUAUUUUAGUCAGGGUUUAUAAGUCUAGAUGGUCAAAUUUAUAUUGCCUAGUGAUGGAGAGUUCAAUUUUUUGACUUUUCCCCCCCCUAAUAUUAAAAAGGCUCUGUAUGCAUGGUGGGGCUGUGUAAAUAGUCUUUAAAACUAUGGCCCUAUUAAUCUUCCGAGUGUUAUUUAUGGGUCAAGCAAUGUAAACUGUAUAAAUGUAAAAACAAACAAAACCCCAUAUAGACCCCUGGAAUAUAUGGUAAAAACAAGUAGAAACU